AUGAACCACUCACACGUAUAUACAAGUGAUCAACAUGCCGGCCAACUGCGCGAGGCUGAAGUGGGACUUCUGCCCCAUCGAUCUUUUCAUCACGAUGAUUUUCGUCGUUACUUAUCGACGCACACAUUCACAGGUUUGGAACGCAGAUUUCUAAGGACUGUUCUCUCGAACAAACGCCUGCUUCAGCGGCCUUGUCUCUUCCCCGUAGGCUCUGGACCAGCAAGCGACCGCUCGCACUACUCUCACUUUCAAGUGUACGACGUUGCUUCAGAUGGGCUGGCAAUACUUGCAGACGAUCAUAGCGAAGUGUACAACGGGAAGGCUCUGGAAAUUUGGGGAUACAUCAAAGUAAAAGCGGAAGCAACAAUUGAUAAUAUUGCCGGCAGAAUCGUGAUCGCUCGCGAGCCAUCGACUAUACUUCUCGCUGCCUUACACUUCACUCACAGCUGUUUUAUGGAUAUGGACUCAGUUUUCCGUGCGCUCGGGUCCCAUGAACCUGCAGUGGCGUGUACCAGCAAAAGUAUCGCCAGUAAUCAUGCCACUCAGUUCGUUUUCUCACUUUCGUAUUACACGGUCAUCGGAGAUGAUUGCGAGCCUAAGGAAUGGCAGCCCCACGAUGAGGAUCUUCACGCUGUUACGGAGGUUCGCCUAUCUCGAUGCAACACCGUUGUGGCAUUGACCUUGUUCAACGAGAAAGCCCAGGAACCUGGUAUAGGUCAAUCUCAUUCGACUGGUGGCAAAACAAAGCUCAAGAUUCCACCAUGGCAUAUCCUGAACUUACAAUGUUUUCCAGAUUGGAGAGCAACAUUUGACGUGUUCGAGAAUGACCACAAAAUCAUCCACGGAGGAGACGCCUUCUUGACAGCCAUACUUACCGAGUUCCAAGACGCUGUGAAGCGCUUCGAAGGGAUCCAAGAAGCGAUUGCUCGCUUGGUAAUACCGUCCCAGGAUUUCAUAUUUAAGGAGUCACUCCGGGAUGAGCGAUUGUUCGAUGAUGCAUCGUUCGUGUGGACGAAGCAGUACUUCUGGGCUCUUCAUGUGCUCCCCAGGAUUAUUAAGUCUAGCGAAGAGAUGGAAGGGGAGAUUUAUAACAUCAGAAACAGUAAGAAUGACUGGUCAACCUAUAUUUCGGAGGCAUGGCCAGAUCUUCCGGUACUUGAAAAAUCACCAGCGAGGCUUCGUUCACCAACUGAUGUCCGCUUCCGACGUUUGAUGUCAGGAUUUAAAGAUGUAGAGCAAAAACUAGGGUCGGUCCGGGUGCGCAGCCAGGAACUGUGCCCGCAGAUCCAAUCCCUACAGUCUACACUGUUCAAUGGCACUUCGGUCCUCGAAAGUCGCAAGACGGUCCAACAAGGCGAGAACGUCAAGCUGCUCACCAUUGUAAACGUUUUCUUCCUACCCUUGACGUUCAUCACCAGCGUCUUUGGAAUGACGAACAUGCCCGAUGACGCUAAUUUUGUGAGAUUUGGGACUGUACUCGUGGCCGUCUGCCUCCCUCUGUUCGGGUUCAUUGGUUUGGCAAGUAGCCAGCACGGGUACAAUUACAUGAAAACGACAUCGAGACGUGUUUGGGAGUGGACGAAGACCAAGGUUACAGUGCAAAAGAAAGAGGAACGCAGCUUAGACCCCUUGCAGCGGCGGAGGAGAUAUGGUUUUUCGCGGAGAGACACUCCGUCCGACGACCUUGAAGCUCCGAUAACAAGCUUCUCAGAAGCGGAAAAGGGCUCUAGUAAUAAUGGCGGGAAUGAAGGUGUACGGUUUCGCACACAUCAAAUAGAUCGUUGA